AUGGAAAAGGCGACGCUGGCAGCCACCUUUGCAGACUCCAACUCCAGCACCAUGAACGUGUCCCUUGCUCACCUCCACUUUGCCGGGGGGUACCUGCCCUCUGACUCCAAGGACUGGCGGACCGUAGUCCCAGCUCUCUUGGUGGCUGUCUGCCUGGCGGGCUUCGUGGGGAACCUGUGUGUGACCGGCAUCCUCCUUCACAGUGCUUGGAAAGGAAAGCCGUCCCUGAUCCACUCCCUGAUUCUGAAUCUCAGUCUGGCUGACCUCUCUCUCCUGCUGUUUUCUGCACCCGUCCGGGCUACGGCGUACUCCAGGGGUGUUUGGGAUCUAGGCUGGUUUGUCUGCAAAUCCUCCGACUGGUUCAUCCACACGUGCAUGGCAGCCAAGAGCCUGACCAUCGUUGCAGUGGCCAAAGGGUGUUUCAUGUAUGCAAGUGACCCAGCCAAGCAAGUAAGUAUCCACAACCGCACCAUCUGGUCAGUGCUGGUGGCCAUCUGGGCUGUGGCUAGCCUGCUGUCCCUGCCAGAAUGCUUCUUUAGCACCACAAGGCUUCACGCCGGUGUGGAAAUGUGCCUCGUGGACAUACCCGCCAUGGCCGAAGAGUUCAUGUCCGUGUUUGGCAAGCUCUACCCUCUUCUGGUGUUUUGCCUUCCAUUCCUCUUUGCCAGCUUUUAUUUCUGGAGAGCUUAUGGCCAGUGUCAAAAACGAGGAACUAAGACUCAAAAUCUGAGAAACCAGAUGCGCUCGAAGCGGCUCACGGGGAUGUUGGUGAGCAUCGCCGUCACCUCUGCUGUGCUGUGGCUCCCGGGAUGGAUAGCGUGGCUGUGGAUGUGGCAUCUGAAGGCUGGGAUUCCGGCCCCGCCGCAGGGUUUCAUAGCCCUGUCUCAGGUCCUGAUGUUUUCCAUCUCUUCGGCAAAUCCUCUCAUUUUCCUAGUGAUGUCGGAAGAGUUCAAGGAAGGCGUGAAAGGAUUAUGGAAAUGGAUGGUAACCAAAAAGCACCCGGCUGCCUUGGAGUCUCAGGAACCACCAGUUGGUAACUCAGAGGCCCUUCCUGACAACGUGCCCUCUCCAGAGUCCCCAGUAUCCAUUCCAGAAAAAGAUAAAGCUGGCUCUCCCUCCUCCAGAAAAGAGAAAGCUGAGAGGGCAGAGAUUCCUGUCCUCCCUGACGUAGAGCAGUUUUGGCAUGAGAGGGACACAGCCCCUUGUGUGCAAGACAAUGACCCUGUCCCCUGGGAACACGACGAUCAAGAGACAGGAGACAGGGAAAAAUGA